ACCAAAAGGAGGCGAGAGAGAGACAGAGAGAGAGAGAGAGAGAGAGGCAGCGAGAGAUCAUGAGGCAGAGGAAGAAGUCCCGGUGGGCUGCCGACCUGUCCCUGUCCCUCCCCCCCUCCCCCUCCGCAUCGGCAUCCCGUUCCUCCUCCUCAUCCUCAUCGACAUCAUCAUCCGCCGGCCACCAGGGGGGCGAUGAUCGGUUCACCGAGCUCCCCGACAUCAUCCGCCUCCACAUCCUGUCCCUCCUCCCCCUCAAGUACGCCAUCCGCACCGAUGCCCUCUCGUCCCGGUGGCGCGGCCUGUGGCGCCUCCGCUGGCCCCCUCCCGCCGCCCUCGAAUUCUCCCCGCCCACCGACCUAGGCGACGCCGCCGGCGAUGAAUUCGUCGCUGGCGUCGACCGAUGCCUCUCCGCUCGCGGCCGCGGCCGCCGGAUCGAUUCCCUCUCCUUGGCCCUCCCCCCGAGCCGCCGCUACGACUUCGACAUUAAGCGCUGGCUCGAGUACGCCGCCUCGUGCGGCGUCGAGGACCUCCGCCUCGUCGUCUCGCAUCCGUCGCCUGCUGCCACCUCCGCGCGCCCUGGGCGGCGCGCCCGGAGGCAUGACCGCGCCGCGGUCCCCUCCGCCUUCUUCUUCUCCAUCUGUGAGUGCUCUAAUCUGGCCCGGCUGACACUCUCGGGGCUCCACCUCUCGAGUCCUAGCUCUAACAUCAAGCAGCUCUCCUCCCUCGAGGUCCUCAGCCUCCACGCGGCGCAUGUCACUGACGCCGCCCUGAGGCGGAUUGUCGCCGCCUGCCCUUUCCUACGGUCGCUCGAUCUCUCUCUCUGCCGUAAGCUCCGGCGGAUUGUGAUCUCGGCUGCCAGCAGUCGGCUCACCAGCCUUACCAUCAUCGACUGUGUAAGAGCGUUGGAGGUCACGAUCUCAGCUACGAGCCUGCGGCGCUUCCGAUUCAGUGGAAAUUACCUCACAACCUACUCGUUCGAUAGCCCCAACAGACUGGAGGAUGUGUACAUUAGCUCGGGCAGCCCUGUGUCAAGCCUUCCUUGGAGCAAUUGGGUGAAGGCACUCACCGAGCUCUCCAACGUCAAGGUCUUGACCCUUUGCAAUCUUUCACUUCAGUGCGUCAUGGCUGAAGGUACAAAAGCAAUUGGGGAAUUCAGGAACUUUAGAAACUUGAGAGAGUUGCAACUGCUAAUGGGUAUGAUGACCGAUGACAAUCUAAUGGACGUAUUUGGCUUCUUUAGGCUAUGUGAAUGCCCAAGAUUGGAGAAACUGUUCAUAGAGCUUCCAACCAACAUGCGUGAUCCUUUCAUUGAGAAAUAUUUGGUGGUAUCAGAGGAGGUGCCUCCGGAUGUUGAUUUUGAGUACCUUAAGAUAAUAAAGCUCAAUAGCUUCAAGGGUCACAGCAAUGAGAUGCGGUUGGUGAGAUUUUUCCUGGAGAAGGCUGGUUCUCUAGAGUCUUUAGUGGUGGUUGCUCCCAAUGAGCUUAUGGGAGAGGAAUACAAUAAAAAUAUAAUGGAUGGUUGUCCUAGUUUUCUGCACUUCUUCCAAUUGCAGUUGUCAAGAUUUACAAAGGCAUCCGGUAGUGCACAGAUAACUUUGAGUGAGCAUGAUGAUCACAAGUUUCGCCCUACUCACUGGGAAGUCUAUUCUAAAGUCUAACUCACCACAAGGAGAGUUAUAAUAGGUAAAACUCGACACAGUGAUGACAUCCAUGAAUUGCACUCUAGAUGUGUACUCCAUUAUCUUUCUUCUAUAUGCUCUUUUCUUCCUAUACAUCAUUUUAACAAAUUCAUCUGAUCUGGAUGCAUAAUGUGUUGUUCGACUGACUGCUAUGGGUUUCAAGCAUUCUGUGAACCGUUACAUAUUUUUUGAUGUGCUAUAGAAUGUUUUCCUUUUCAACAUUUCCCCUCAAAGCAGGUCAUCUGUUUCUUUUUUUGUUAUUAGUCUUGUACAACUUGGAAAACCAAUUCAUCGAGUCCAAAUUUGAUUAGUAUCGUAUUCUGUUA